AUGACUAAAUUAAUAAUGACCCAGUACUCAAAACACGUAGAAAUCUGCGUAGAAAUUACAAGAAUAAUAAAAGAAAACAAUAAAAAGAUCGACCAUGACGAACAGCACGACCAAUUACACCAUGGAAAACACACCGAUACACUUUACAACAAGAAAAUCACUACUAUCAACACUUAUGAACCUAACGGAAUACCGGAGCUGAUGCUCCCAAGCCCCCAAUCUGAAAAACCGACCAAAAUGACCCUUCUACCAACCAAUACCCAUAGUGGCAACAACCUGAGGUCAACAGAAAUCCCCACAACGGAGCUUCUCCCAUUGAUUCUUUCCAUGCACUCUCAAAUGUGGCAACAACCUGGGUGGAGCAGAAAUUCCCACAUCGGAGUCUUCAUGGGAAAGCAAUCGGACAAGACAUUGGACCAGAACGGAAGUCAACUACUUCAUCAUCAACAUUCAUACCUUGAGCAAAUCGACAUCCCCUCCAUUCAGCAUUCACUGUGGCAACAACCUGAGUGA